AUGGGAACUCACAUCCCAGAAGAGGAAAUAGUUAUGGACAUCCUCACCAGACUACCUGUGAAGUCUCUUUUUCGAUUCAAGUGCGUUUCAGAAUCUUGGAAGACAAUAAUCUCUCAACCUUAUUUUAAGAAGAAGCAUCUCGAUCAUGCUAAGAACCAACUAAAUUCCCAAAAAUUGCUUUUUGCCGGAAGUAGGAGGGAUAGAACUAUUUACUUCUAUUGUUAUUCUUUAUCCUCCGUUCAACUUGUUAAGGAUAGAAGGAGUCUUGAUUGGCCUUUAAAUUCUGAAAUUCCAUAUUGCCGUAUGAAAGUCUUUGCUAGUUGCGACGGCUUGUUUCUCAUUGGAAUUUGGAGUAAACCUGACGAUCAACCUUCGUUGUUAUUGCUAUGGAACCCCACCACACGAGAAUCAAUAAUAAUUCCCCAUGAAACGCCACAACUGGAAUCUGUUUACGGAUUGGGAUAUGACUCUACUAGUGAUGAUUAUAUACUCUUUAGAGUUGACACGGACGAACAAGCACUCGAUGAAAUUCUCGCACUGAAAAAUGGUUCCUGGAGAAAAAUUUAUAAAACCUCAAGUUGGGAGGUUUCCUAUUUGUUGUCUGGUUGGCAUUGUUUGGCAUUCGUACAUGAAGCAUUUCAUUGGCUUGGUUUCCUACGAGGGUUCUCUGUGGCUUCAUUUAAUAUUUCAGAUGAAAAGUAUAGAGAAAUACCAUUGCCAGUGACAAUGCCAUUAAUUCCACAGAUAGGGCCAGAGGCAUUUUAUGUUGAUGUGGGCGUAUCAGUAGUGGAAGGAAUGCUUAGUGUUUUUUAUAACGACGAGAUAACUUUUAAUUUAUGGGUAAUGAAAAACUAUGGUGUCAUAGAAUCUUGGACAAAAUUGCUCAAUAUACCAAGUAAUGGAAUUCAUUUUAUCAGGCCCAUAUAUAAGUUUUUCGAUGGUGAAAUGCUACUUCGCUACAGAGAUUGGAUAGCAAGUCCUGUUUAUACAACAUCCGAUGGACCAAUUGGAUUAAGCAAUCGGAUAUGGCCUCAAGCUUGUGAUAUUGGUGAAAUCAGAAUUUAUGAGGAUGGUGUUAUUUAUACGGAAAGUUUGAUCUCUCCGAAAUUAGAUCAUUAA